UGUGUAAAGGAAAGGGUUUCCUUCUUUGAAGCGAGUGGCCUGGCCUGGGAGAUCUUUCUUGUAUUUUAGCAAAAAUAUAAAUAAUUAUUAAAAAUAGUAAUAAAAACACUCUCCUUAUUUGCGUAGCCUACUCUUCUCUCUGGAAAUCAUACAAGGUGGGUUUCAAAGAGGAAGAUCUGAUGUACCUGCUGGUGGAUCUUAAUUAUGCACAAGAUCAUGAUGGCCCUUGAAAAUAAAGAAGCUAUGCAAAGGAUCGAGGCAUCCUUAAAAGGCCUCCAGAGCAAGGGAAAUUCUUGCAAUCUGCAGUAUAAUAACGGGAAUUCUGUUGAAGGAUUCCCCAAGUUUAAAGAUGACAUCAGUGCUUAUCAAGGUGGGGAUGUGGGAGAAUCUGUUAGCCAAUUAAGUACUGAGUUUCUGGAAUGUUCUAAUGAAUUUUAUAACAACCCCACCUACCAACAUGAUUUUUGCUCAUGGUCCACCUACUAUCCAGACUCUCAAAAGGUGCAUCGCUGCCAAAUGAAUCCUUUUGAGAGCCAAUUUUACCCCCUUCCUUUGGAGAAUCGAUUUCAUUAUGCACUGCACAAUACUUUCACUCCAGCUUACCCCUAUGAUUUCCGUGUUCAAGAUUUUCAGUAUUUUGUGGUCAUAGACUUUGAGGCUACUUGUGACAAGGAGAAAAAUCCCCAUCCCCAGGAGAUUAUUGAGUUUCCGUCUGUCAUUGUUAGUAGUGUAACUGGCCAGCUGGAAGCAUGUUUCCAAACAUAUGUGCGACCAACUUGUAAUCAGCUCUUGAGUGAUUUCUGCAAGGAUCUGACUGGUAUCCAGCAAAUUCAGGUUGAUAGAGGUGUUACUUUAAGUGAGGCUCUGCUUAGGCAUGAUAAAUGGCUUGAAAAUAAGGGUAUAAAGCACACCAACUUCGCUGUGGUGACAUGGUCAAACUGGGAUUGCCGUGUAAUGUUGGAGUCUGAGUGCCGAUUCAAGAAGAUCCGAAAGCCUCCUUAUUUUAAUAGAUGGAUCAACUUAAAAGUUCCAUUUUGUGAGGUUUUUGGUGGUGUGAGAUGUAAUUUAAAGGAGGCAGUCGAGAUGGCGGGCCUGGCAUGGCAAGGCCGUGCUCAUUGUGGCCUGGACGAUGCCAAAAACACUGCUCAUUUACUUGCACUCCUCAUGCGCAGGGGUUUCAAAUUCUCCAUCACAAACUCCUUGAUGUGGCAGGCAACAGAUGUUUCACUGGCAUGUAAUCAAUUCCCAGAACGCAUGCCUUUUUCCCCUCACCAUCUACACAAACCAAAGGACCCACAUGUUCCCCAUUUCCAGUAUCAUCCUUAUUGUUUCUGUGGGGUGAAGAGCAGCAAGGGGAUUGUUCGGAAGCCUGGACCGAAACAAGGCAGUGUCUUCUUUGGUUGUGGGAACUGGACUGUUACAAGAGGUGCCCGCUGCCAUUACUUCGAAUGGGCUACCCCAUGACUUGAACUACAGAAGGAAUCAAGGAGUGAGUUCUCCAUCCAUCUUCUUGAUGACAUCUUAAACUUUUAUGAGAUGCCUUAUGUAAAAAAAAUUUAAAAAAAAGGAAGUGGUUUGCUGUCUCCUAAAUGAAGCAUAUAUUUAUAUGCCUUAGCCAUAUAGUGUUGAGGUUUAGGCUUCAUAGGAAAAAAAACACAUAUUAAUAGCUGAUGAAUUGCAGAAGGUGAAGGAUUCAGGUAGUUUUCCUAAGGGAGGUUCAACCUGUAAAGCUGACUUCUUGUUGACAAAGGUAACUGAAUUGGGAAUGUAAGGAAUUGGGUAGUUAGGAUGAUGAUACUUUUUACAUGCUCAGACAUGCUAAAUUUAUCUUAUUAAAUAAUCAUGUGAGUGAAGGGACUUCUGCAUUCCUAUGCAUUUCUAAUGGAAAUUUAAUGGAGUGGCUUGCACAUGCACCCAAUUUGCUCA